AGAAUUAAAGAGUGUUAAUAAAUUUAGUUUAUACGUUUAUUUAUUAUAAAUACAGAUAUAAUGUCUUGUAGGAACUGAAAUGGCCAAACUGUACGUUAAUUUUUUCCUCCUUCUCGGGUUUGGUUGUUUAAUUCACUCCGGAAUAUCCGCAGCACAACAUAGAUCAUUUGUUCGAUUGACUGAGCAGGAGUUUUACUCCUUACCUUUGGAUAUUGUGCUUCAGUGCAUCCUGGGUCUUUUCCUCACAUCCAUUGGAAUAUUGAUAGUGUCUGGGGAAUUCAAAGACAUUCAAGUUAACGCUGAUAUGAAAAACAAAUCGUUCGAAACUGUCGGCAAUAGAUUCUCUUUCUGCAGUUUCGAGCACCGUGGAAAAUACCUUUACAAAAAUCUUGCAGAUUUUUAGUAAAUUUACGCGAAAAACAUGGCUGGAAUAAACAUGAAUAAAACUUCUUUUGGACAGUUGGUUAUUGGACCCCCUGGCAGUGGGAAAACCACUUUCUGCCAUGGAAUGCAACAAUUUAUGAAAGCUAUUGGUAGAGAAUGCUGUGUUGUAAACCUUGAUCCAGCUAAUGAGUUUAUACCGUACGAUUGUGAUAUAAAUAUUAACGAGUUAGUAACGGUAGAAGAUGUAAUGAAACAUAUGUCACUUGGACCAAAUGGAGGCUUGUUAUACUGCAUGGAAUAUUUAAGAAAUAAUCAGCACUGGCUCUUGGAAAAAAUGAACAAUUUUCCAGGAAGAUACUUCAUAUUUGACUGCCCUGGUCAAGUAGAAAUAUACACCCAUCAUAAUGCCCUCAAAGAAGUAAUUGAACAUCUUACAAGUAAAGAUGUUGGUGUAAGGCUUGCUGCAGUUCAUCUGGUCGAUGCUCACUACUGUGCUGAAGCCAGCAAGUUCAUAGCUGUGCUUCUAACCUCACUGGCAACCAUGCUACAUAUGGGCUUACCUCACGUUAAUGUCCUGUCGAAAAUGGACAUAGCAGAAGAAUAUGGAAAGUUUCCAUUUCACUUAGAAUAUUACACUGAAGUCUUGGAUUUAAAUAAACUCCUUGAAAGUGAUGGGGACGACCCUUUUAUGAGAAAAUUCCAAAGUUUAAAUCAGAAGCUAUGCAGUGUCAUUGAAGAUUACAGUCUUGUAUCAUUCACUCCACUGAAUGUGCAGGACAAAGAGAGCAUGCUGAAUUUGCUGAAGGAGAUUGACAAAGCUAAUGGCUGCUGCUUUGGAACCAUUGAAGAAAGAAAUAUCCAGAAACUUCUUUCUGCAGCUGUUGGAGCUGACUUUCAGUUUUUUAAAUCAGGUUCAGCUCAUGAGCAGUAUAUGAGCUGAACUGACUUUAUACUAAUUAAGACCUUUUGAGAUAUGAUAACAGUGUGAUUUGUCUGACAAUAUGUCCUGUUUAAAUGUGUUUUGUGAUCAAAUAAAAAUGCAAAAAAUUCACAGCAAA